CUUGUUUCACACCAAAUAUAAAUCGUAAGAAUGCAAGCACCUCCACCAGCAACUAAUGGCCCCGUCAUUGCCGGCUACUUUGCCAACUGGGGAAUUUAUGGUAGAAAGUUUAAUGUCGUCGAUGUCGCUGCUCAAGCAAACAAGUUGACACAUAUUUUAUAUGCUUUUGCUAAUUUACAAGAAGAUGGACAAGUGGUUAUUGGGGAUCCAUUUGCAGAUAAAGAAAAGCAUUUCCCGCCCGAAUUGACUGUGGAUGGAAAAGGAGACAGCUGGAACGACCAAGGAAAUAAUCUGUACGGAAACUUUAAGCAAUUUUACUUAUUAAAGCAAAAGAACCGCCAGUUGAAGGUGUCUCUUAGUGUGGGUGGAUGGACAUGGUCCAAGAAUUUUGCCACUGUUGCCAGUGAUCCUGGAAAGCGUAAAAGAUUUAUUGAAACAAGCGUUAAGUUGAUUGGAGAUCUUGGUCUUGACGGCUUAGAUAUUGAUUGGGAGUAUCCCAAGGAUGACAAAGAAGCAUUUUUUUAUGUGCAUUUGUUGUACGAGACACGUAUAGCAUUAGAUGCCUAUCAGCAGCAAUGCAACCAAUUGAACCAACCUCGUCUGCUUUUAACCGUAGCUGUUCCUUGUGGACCUGAACACUACAAAAAGCUCCGAUUGGCUGAGAUGCAACCAUAUGUAGACAUUUUCUAUUUGAUGGCUUAUGAUUAUGCUGGUUCUUGGGAUGCACAAACAGGCCAUCAAGCUGCCAUGUUCGGCGGCCCUUUAAAUACGGACCAAGCCAUUAAUGCUUAUUUGGCUGCUGGUGUUCCCCCACAAAAAUUAGUUAUGGGUCUGCCCAUGUAUGGUCGUGGCUUUUGUAAUACAGAUGGACCAGGUUGUUGUUAUCAAGGACUGCCCAAAGGAACCUGGGAAGAAGGACAAUUUGAUUACAAGUGUUUGCCUAAGCCUGGUGCUCACGAACAUAAUGAUAUGCAAAAGAUGGCUUCAUGGUCUUAUGACCCCAAUAGUCGUGAAUAUAUUACAUAUGAUUCCCCUCAGAUUAUUGCGGCUAAGUGUGACUAUAUCAAGCAAAGACAAUUAGGAGGUGCUAUGUUCUGGGAACUGAGUGCUGAUCAUAAGCCAGACCACCCCCGUAACUUGGUCAACGUUGUUUAUGAUUCAUUGGGUAGACGAGUCGACCAAGUGCCUAACCAUCUUGAAUAUCCUCUCAGCGAGUUUGAUAAUAUCAAAAGACAAAUGAAUUGAAAUCUAAAUAGGAACGAUAGUAAAAAAAUAAAAUAAAAUCAAAGUGUUUCAAGAGGGGUACCUUUUUUAAAAACCGUUA